AUGGUGUCCAACAUUAUUUGCGGUACUAUUCUGGAUAGGUCUACCGCCCGGCAUAUUCUUGAACUCUCCCGCAUAAUCCACCGAGCUGUCACACUCGCUCUGAGGUCUAACAAGAAGCAUGACUUCACACGCCAAACGAAGUCUACUUGGGCCAUAUCUGCAGCCAAGAAUCUAGACCCCCUGGAUGAAGACAUCUGGAGGGCCAAAAGCGAAAUCGCCUCACGCCAUAUCAGUUUCUAUGAAGAAUGGAAGGCUAUCAAGUACGAAGAACACGCAUGGACGUGGCCCAAAUCCAAGUACAGUAGUUCACUAUGGAGAACCUUCCAGAGGGCCAUGGACCAAAACCGCCCGAUAUAUGAGCUUCGAAAUUGGUUUUCCCACGAAUAUGGAGUCCGCCGGACUACAGUUGAAGCCGAGCAAGAGCAAUUCGAGAGGCUUCUUCAGGAGUACAAGGACCUUCAACCUAUCCUUAAAGAGUUGAUUGUAAAUCUGGAAGCAGGCCUGGAAGAUAUUUUAGCCUGGGGAAAUCCAUAUGACGUAUCUUCGCGUUCAUUGCUUGAUGACAAACAACCUGGGUACACGCAAGACUGCAAGGCAGUUUGUCUCAAGAUAAAGAAGAGAGAGGAAAAUAUAUUGAUAAAGCGCAGGCAAGUAGAUAUCGAAUACGAAGCAAGGCGGACUCGAGUAGCCAGGGGGGAGGACCCUUGGGGAGGCGAAGAAUCGGUGCAGACUACCGAGAAAGUGGAGGAGUGGUGCGCUCAGGUCGGUGAGCACUUCCAGGGUGUCGAGUAUUCGGAGGCCUCUGAUGAGGUAGACGAAGGCAUAGUAGUCCUUACAGACGAGGCACCAGAUUCGGAGGGUGAAGAGGCACUGGGGUGCAUUGAAAGCCCCCCGGGUGCCCUGAUCUGGGGCGGAGAUGUGCUGCUAGUAGAAGGUGCUGUCGAACUCCCGGCUAUCUUGAAGCAAGCAGGUUGGGGCAUGAUUCUGGGGUUGGAGAUGAUGAUGCGCCUGCUGGGCAUUGUAAAGCCUGCACUUGCAGAAGUACUUGAUGGCAUACAGGCUGCAGUUUGA